GAUCCCGGAGGAGCAGGGGCUGUCGGCGGCGGACGAGUCGCUGGAGGAGAAGCUGCGGAGCCUCACCUUCAGGAAGCAGGUGUCCUACAGGAAAGCAAUCUCCAGGUCAGGCCUCCAGCACCUGGCUCCUGUGCAUUCCCUCAACAUUCCAGUCACCAAUGGACCUGUGAAGGAACCAAGAGCGGCCUUAGAGUGGACUGAGAAUGCUGUGAAUGGAGAGCAUCUGUGGCUAGAGACAAAUGUUUCUGGGGACCUCUGCUACCUGGGGGAGGAGAGCUGCCAAGUCAAAUUCUCAAAGUCUGCCCUGCGGAGGAAGUGUGCUGCCUGCAAGAUCGUGGUCCACAAUGCCUGCAUGGAGCAGUUAGAGAAGAUUAAUUUUCGCUGCAAACCAACUUUCCGAGAAGGAGGAUCCAGAUCUCCAAGAGAAAACUUUGUGCGGCAUCACUGGGUGCACCGGCGGAGGCAGGAGGGCAAAUGUAAGCAGUGUGGAAAGGGCUUUCAGCAGAAAUUCUCCUUCCACAGUAAAGAGAUUGUGGCCAUCAGUUGUUCCUGGUGCAAGCUGGCGUUUCAUAACAAAGUCACCUGUUUCAUGCUACAUCACAUUGAGGAGCCAUGUUCCCUGGGGGCUCAUGCUGCUGUCAUUGUGCCUCCCACCUGGAUCAUUAAGGUGAAGAAACCUCAGGUGGUCUCCAUACCAGGAGACGAGCCUGAUUGGGCAGGAGACUGGAGCCCCGAAGGGGAAACGGGCGUCUCCUACCCCUUUUGGGAGGGUUGGCAGAACUCCUUAAAGACUUCAACAAGGCGAAAGAAGAGAACAUCCUUUAAAAGAAAAGCCAGUAAAAGAGGAAAUGAAGAUAACAAAGGCCGGCCUUUUGUGAUAAAACCUAUCUCCUCUCCACUCAUGAAACCACUGCUGGUUUUUGUCAAUCCAAAAAGUGGAGGGAAUCAGGGCACCAAGGUUCUCCAAAUGUUUAUGUGGUAUUUGAAUCCACGCCAGGUCUUUGAUCUCUCUCAGGAAGGGCCAAGAGAUGCGCUGGAGCUGUACAGAAAAGUGCCGAACCUGCGGAUCCUGGCAUGUGGUGGGGAUGGGACGGUGGGCUGGAUCCUGUCCAUCCUUGAUGAGCUGCAACUCAGCCCCCCACCUCCUGUGGCUGUCCUUCCACUUGGCACUGGGAAUGACCUUGCCCGCACCCUCAACUGGGGUGGGGGUUACACAGAUGAGCCAGUGUCUAAGAUCCUGUGCCAUGUAGAAGAUGGAACCAUUGUCCAGCUGGACCGUUGGAAUCUUCAGGUUGAGCGCAACCCUGAUUUGCCCCAGGAUGAGCUGGAGGAUGGGGCACGUAAGCUUCCCCUAAAUGUCUUCAAUAAUUACUUCAGUCUUGGAUUUGAUGCACACGUUACGCUGGAGUUCCAUGAAUCCAGAGAAGCAAAUCCAGAGAAAUUCAACAGCCGAUUUAGAAAUAAAAUGUUUUAUGCUGGGGCAGCCUUUACAGACUUUCUGCAAAGAAGCUCGAGAGAUUUAUCCAAACAUGUUAAAGUUGUGUGUGAUGGUACAGACCUGACUCCAAAGAUCCAGGAGCUGAAGUUCCAGUGUAUAGUGUUUUUAAACAUACCCAGGUAUUGUGCUGGCACAAUGCCCUGGGGGAACCCUGGUGACCACAGAGACUUUGAGCCCCAGCGUCACGACGAUGGCUACAUUGAAGUCAUUGGGUUCACCAUGGCCUCGCUGGCUGCUCUCCAGGUGGGUGGCCAUGGAGAGAGGUUGCACCAGUGCCGGGAGGUGACGCUUUUGACGUACAAGUCUAUCCCCAUGCAAGUGGACGGCGAGCCCUGUCGGCUGGCUCCCUCCCUCAUCCGCAUCUCCCUAAGGAACCAAGCCAACAUGGUGCAGAAAAGCAAGAGGAGAACGUCCAUGCCUUUGCUGAAUGAUCCUCAUUCCAUCCCAGAUCGCCUGCGGAUCAGAGUGAACAGGAUUAAUUUACAAGAAUAUGAGGGGCUACAUUACGACAAAGAAAAACUCCGGGAAGCUUCCAUUCCACUAGGGAUCAUAGUUGUACGAGGAGAUUGUGACUUGGAGACUUGUCGUAUGUACAUUGACCGUCUACAAGAGGACCUACAGUCAGUAACCUCUACUACACAAAGAGUUCAUUACCAGGACCAGGAAAGCUCUUUCCCCAGAGUGCUUUCUGUUCAGAGGCUCUCUCCUAGAUGGUGCUUUCUAGAUGCAACUUCUGCUGAUCGUUUUUACCGCAUUGACAGAUCUCAGGAACAUUUGCACUUUGUGACGGAAAUUUCGCAGGACGAGAUUUUUAUUCUGGACCCAGAGAUGGUAAUGUCUCAGCAGGUGGGGACGCCACCAGGAAUGCCUGACCUGGUAGUGGAGCAGGCAACUGGAAUAUCGGAGCGGUGGAACCCUGCGGUUCGGAAGAGGAUGCUGAGUGACAGCGGCCUUGGAAAGAUUUCUCCCCACUACGAGGUACCUGACAAACAAAAGGACGCCAGCCAGACACAUAUGCUGCAGUCACCGGUUUCUUCAGAAGAUCAAGCACUUUUACAGGCAGUCAUAUCUGGUGAUGUACUGAAGUUCAUAGAAUGUUGUAAAAAAGGAGCCAAUUUGUUAAUCCAAGGACCUGAUCACUGCUCCUUAUUGCACCACGCAGCCAAGACUGGGAACGGCGAGAUAGUGAAAUACAUCCUGGAGCAUGGUCCAUCUGAAUUACUGGACAUGACAGACAGUGAAACGGGUGAGACAGCACUACAUAAGGCAGCCUGCCAGCGCCACCGCGCCGUCUGCCAGCUCCUGGUGGAUGCGGGAGCCUCUCUGAGGAAGACAGAUUCCAAGGGUAAGACCCCUCGGGACAGGGCUCAGCAAGCUGGUGAUCCAGACCUGGCUUCCUACCUGGAGAGUCGACAAAACUAUCAAAUGGUUUCCCAUGAGGACCUAGAGACAGCAGUCUGAUGCCUGAAAGCGUCUGAGAGGAUCCCUGGAAAUCUCGAGACCGCACCUGAGGCACUCGGGCAUUGUGUGAGGAAGAAACUGAUGGAACCCACAUGUCUCUCACUCUCGAGGAAAAUACCUGAAGACAUGCCACCAGUUUCUAAGGGCUACUGAGUCUUGCCACGGAACGGUUGUGUUCCAUAAGUUAGCCCAUGAUGGAUGAGGUGGGACACUCAAAGGUCUGUGGAAUCCAUAGGCCACAAAAAUUUACCUUUAUUGCUUCCAGCAAGUAGCAUGAACUUCUCCCAUGGUCAUCCGUAUAAUUUAUUUAAAAAAAAAAAAAAGGAAAGAGUAAAGAGGGUGUGGGGGAACAAAAUCCAAACUAACUGGUACAUUAAGCCACCCAACCAGGCUGUCCUCCAUCCUUACAGUUACUGCAUUGCUUUUAUUCUCCUAUUCCCCUCACUUCUCAUCAGUUAAAUAUUAUCUGUUAUCUCUGUGUUGUCUUCACAAAUGGUCAGGCAGUAGCAAAAUGUCUGAGGAGCUCUGGAUGCCCUUUAAAAAUAUCCAGUGUGUUUGUCAGCUACAUUCCCUCCCCUGCCAUCCUCUUGGAAGCUGUGUUGCCAGCACUCAGCCCCCACGGAGUUUCCUUGCUUUUGGAGAGGAUGCUAUUUAUUGCCUUGUUUCCCAGGGUUUGGGGCAUGAUCAGAUUUACAGCAGUGACAAAACCCAACCUCAUCAUUUCUGGGCAUGAGGUUAUGGUAUCCUCACGAGACAGGCAUUUGCAUGGAAAGGAGCUCUAUGGGAUACACCAUGCUUAAUGGCAGAGCAGGAAGUCACCAGGAGGGUUUCUCAUAUCACUUUUAUGCCUGUAAUGGCUGACUCAGUUCUUCUCAGGUUUCAGGCCUGCCUAGAAGUUGAUAUCUUCUUUAGUUCUUUACUUCUGAAAAUAUGGGUUUUACCCUAGGGAGAGAUUUGUGCAAGACUGAGGGAAUUCUGAUGGACUCAAUGACAGACCUAGUCCCCUUUGCAGCACAGCCAGAGGGAGGAAGGAGACCUGGAACAUCAGCAGCCAGCCUGGGCUCAUUGCUGCCACCAAACAAAUGGGCACUGGCCUGGUCACAUUGGGAAUGGAAAAACCUUAUUUGACUGAACCUGUAAACUAUCUGAUUUUUCAAGGGAACCAGGUUUUGGGGGGAGUCUGUGGAAGUCUGUCCCUGGAGGAAGACAAGCAGCAGCUCAUUGCCUUCUUGCCCACAAUAGGUUUGAAAUGUAAAGCUUAGCUGCUGUAAAGGCCAGCUGUUUCUUCUGUACUCAUCUGUUCUCUGUCUUAUAACUAUAAAGGAAGAGAAAGCAAACAAAUACACAAGCAUAAAUAAAAUGUUUCAUCUUUGAGUUUCUAAUUGCUACAGAUAUCUCAGUUGACAAAAUAGCCGAGCUUCCACUUCUACUUUGUCAGACCGGUGCCCAUGAAGACGCUCAUGGCUGACUUUUGGCAUAACUCUUGCAAUACAUUUUUGAAUUUUGCUUUGUUGUUUGAUUCAAAAGAUCCACCAGUGUUUGUUUUCACAUCCCUUGCUAGGGGUAGCUCUCUGAUAGAAGGUGAUCAUUGGGGUUACAUACAUUUGGAAACCAUGAAAAUAACUCAGGUCAUUAUUCAGAUAAGUUUUUCUUCUUUGGUAGAAGUGAAGAAAAUCAAAUGAAUGCAUUUUUUUUUAAGCACGAGUGAUUGUUGUAGUAGGGAGGGGGGAGCUGAACAAUGUAUUUUAAUUUUUUUCCUCUUUUCAAAAGUUCAUUUGAUAUGGGCAAAAUAUUUCUUUAGUAUUUCUUCCUCUGGAAGGAAACUAUAUAUAUUUGUAAUCUAUAGAUCAAUGGCAACAUGAAAUGUAUUUUGUCUUAUUUUCUGUCUUUACCUUUCUCAUUUAAAAAAUAAAAUAUGAAAGCCAAAUUACUUCCCUUGAUAAUUAUCCAGGGGUUUGUGGAGAAAAUAAGUAUCUGUAUAUAUUAGAACAGAAUUUGGCAACUGUUAAAAUAAAAACUCAGAAUAUAGUUUUGGUGUAUGUGAUAUUUCCACAAGGAAAGAUCCUCACACUGUGGUUGCAUGGUAGGCCUUGCAUCAUUUCCCAGCUGUGAGAAAAUACAUUACUGUAAUAUUUCUAUACAUUUGAUGGAAACAAGAAUUAUGUUAUAAUCACUUUAAUCUUUUGGUUUUCUUUACUGAUCUGAGAAAUGGAGGAAGUUUUAAUAGCACAGGAGCUUGGCUCUGUCCUGUGCUGAGGCCAAGCUGAGUAUGGUCACUGAGCCUGUGAGAGCUCCCUGAUUCUUUAGCCCCAUGAAGCAGCUUGCUUUCAUCACAGGUGUGAGAUGAAAUGGCCAGAUGUGGAUUAUGAUAAGGGAGCUGCUUCUGGUCCCUCUGUCCCCAGUUGUUCUUCCCUUGUCAGCUCAUCCCUGGUAGCCAGGAGGUGCCUGCAGCUGUGGCUGGCUCUGGAGCAGCUUGCCAGGAUGGGAAGAUUUCCUGAGCAAUUUUGUGCCAUUUGGACAGCUCAGAGGAACCCAGAGCACAUGGGAGAGCAUGACUUGCCUUUUUCACCAAAAGCUGGAGUACGGUGGUACGAUCAGAGUGAGUCUGUUGAGCCUCUGGAAAGCUGUCUGUGCUGUGUACUCAGCAGGAGACAGCUACUGUAUGAUAAAAAUAGCCCCCAGCACUGGAGGUAGGGCAGGAAUGGGCUGGAUGUGGUGCCUUUGACGUCCAAGGUAUCCUAAGCACCGCACACAUGAGGCAUUAGAUACCGGUGAUGUUUGGUAUCCGCAGGAAACGGAGAACAUCUGAUGGCUUCCACAAUGAUUCAUGUGACAAGGAAUAUCAGAAGUUGGCUCACUGAGAGCAGUUUGGGACCAGGACCAUUCCUUGCCCUUAAGUGUGGUGGGAUUACCAGAAGCAGCAGGCUCUGCAGCAGUUAAAGGUAACACAUUUGUAUUGAAUCUCUGGAGCACUUGGGGUCAAGGUUAGUACAGUACAACUGUGCCUGCACUGGGCAGGGCCCAAAUUCCAGCGUGCAGCUGGGAGUCCCCUUAAAUUACAUGUAAAGCAUUUUGAUUUACUAAAGCAUCUGUUCAGUGGUUGCUUCUGUUAAUGUGUGUAUAUUACUAUAUAUAUGUAUAUUUAUAAAUAUCAGUAUGCAUGUAUAUAGAUGCACACAUACACAUGCAAACACACUUGAAAUUGUGUCAUUUGAAUGACAAAGCCCCUAGGGAUGCUCAGCUACUGAGAUUGCUGGACUGACAAAAUGCCAUUUGCCAUUUUAAUUUGUUAUUGAAGGGAACCUUUCUCAGUAGAACUGAGGAGCUUCGAAAUUUUUCCGUUGUACUGAUUUUACUAUCUCAUUUUGGAGUUAAAUGGAGGGAAAGAAAUAUUAUUAAUAAUAAUAAAAUAAAAUUAACUUUGUAAUUUAAUAGCAUCAAUUACUCUUAUUAUUUCAUGUUUCAAUGCUAGAUAUAUUUUUUGUGUUACUCAAGGCAUGAUGAUGUCAUACAGUUUUUUACUUAUUAUAGCAUAGAAUGGUAGUGGACAGGGGCACCUUGUACUAGACCAGGUUACCCAGAGCUCCAUCUAAGCUGACCUUGAACACUUCCAGGGAUGGGUCAUCCACAACUUCUCUGGGCAUCCCUCAAUACUGUGAGAUGUGAGGCUGAGUUUUUGUUUAUGUAAAACAGGAGUCCAAGGCAAAUUUUGCCUGUUACAAAACUGGUGUCAGACUCCAGUGACUCUUUCAUCGUUUCAUGUGGUGUCUUGCUUGUCUGUGUUCUAGCACUUUAAGAUGUCUGUAGGUGUUUUUACUGGGACCUGUCACUCUUACUUUUCCCCAGCAGCAGUAAAAUUGUUCAGUCCCAACUCAUGGUGCUGUAGCCUGGAUUCAGUCUACAUGAGAUGUCCCUUGCUAGAUGAGGACUGUCGUGCAGAAGGACCAUAGUACAAAAUUGAAAGAAAAUAGUACAAAAUUGAUGUUUCGUUGCCACUGAUCUUCCCAGGUGUAUUUGCUAGCUGGUACUGCUGUGUAAGAAUAGAUAGGGCACAUAGUUUUUCUGGUGAUGUGGCUGUGGGAGGAUUUUUCAGUACUAUUUCACGGCUCUUUGGUUCAUUUUUUGUCUUUUUGCUGUAAUGGUGAAAACAUAUGGCAGUGAAAAUUUCUAACACAAAUUCAUCUAGAAGGUGGCUGUUUCCCUUUCAGCCAUCCCAGAUGCCUUCUGUGGGACAGGGUUAUGUGUUGACCCUUCCAGGAUGACAAAAGUAUGUUGACAUGAUCUGUCUCUGGGCUAUGAAAUGGGAAAGAUACAUUGACAGCCUCCAGUUUUCUGUGAGUUUAAUAGUACUCAAGAAAUGUAUGGGCAUGCUGGAAAUUUGAAUGCCUUGAAAAAGCUCCAAGGAACUACAAGAAAAAAGCAGUUCCUUGUGCUGAUCCAUUUGGGAUGUGUCAUUUUCCUUCUCCCACUUUUUGCUUCGUUUGCACCAAACUAAUAUUUAUAGAGAAGUAUUUUAUGAGACUUGUUUUUAAGCUUGCUAAAAGUAACAUUUUGACCUCCAUUUUACCUGUUCUUCGCCAUUCAUAAGAUAAUGUUUCCUCUUUUCAUUUUCCUCAGUGAAUCUGAGCCAAAAUUACACUGAGUUAUUAACUUCCUAAUUAGUUUAAAGCAGCAAAUAUGAGUAUCUUUGGACAUUUCAGCAGUUCUGGAAACAGCUUAUAUUCCUGGGCCUUUCUGAUGCAUGUGAAGCUAUAGGAAAGUAUUAGAGUGUUCAUUGUGGUACUCAUCAUCUCAUUUUCCUUUCUUAACAACUAUUUUUCUUAGCAGUGCAUUGCUAUGGCCUUAAAUUUCAUUAUCUGCCUGCCAAAAUCUGUUGAUUGCAGCAGCAACUCAGUGAUGUUCUGCAAGCUACUCCAGGCGGCCAUAGCAAGUGACCACGGCUGCUUUCAGUCCAGGUUCAGCCAUGGCACUGGACUCCUCUGGAGUGCCUGCCUGAGAUCCCCUGCAGGUACCAGAGCUCAGGAGUUCCCCCUCCCUGUGUGUUUCCAGCACUGCUGCCCGUGGUGGUGCCCACAGAGAGUGGUGUUCUUUCAUCCCCUGCACGUGUGCACUGGAGCGACACCCCCUACCUUGGCCAAGGAAUUUCCUGGUCCACGUAUGGUGCCAUUUGUGCAAAAGGGGAAAAUUCUCUCCCUCGGGCCUUGAUCACACCAGUAAAUUCAUUAUAUUUGACUUCAGUGAUUAGGCAGGCUGAGAGCUGAAUAACCUUACUGUAUUCAGCCAUCAGAGUGCAUCUUGUCUCCUGCCUUAUUUAUAAGGUGCCACAUUCCAGUCUCAGCUGCAGUUUCUUGUUUCCCUGACUGAUUUUGAAAAAAAACCAAAACAACCCAACAACAAAAAAGACCAAACCAAGAGACAAAAAACCAAUCCAUCCUAUGCAGUACACAUGUAACUAGUUACCCAGAGAGUGGGGAAGGCAGACAGAUCAUUUUAAAAUCUCGUUCUGAUGCAGCACAUCAUGACUUCUAAAAUCUGAGCAGGGGGAAGCCUUGCAACAAAAGCAUUUGUUUCAAUAUGAACACAUCUAUAUUUCAGGAAAUAAUUUGAUGCUAAGCCCUGUUAAAACAGUCAGCUUAUGCUCUUAAAUCUCCUAUGUGUCAGAGACUUGGGGAAUCUAAGGAGCCAGUAAUCCCCUUGACAGGCACAUAAAGAUAGGUGAAUGCCCAAAAAAGAAAAAAAAAAA